UUGAAUUUUGAACCCACUUCCAAAGUUUUAGUAAAGCCUUUUUAUCCAUAAAAGUUAAAAUGGAAAAAAUUUGCAGCUAUGUAACUAUUUUCUUGAUCCUUGCAAUAGGGAAUGCAAUUCUUGCCACUGCAGGAGAUCCUGAUAUCCUGAAGGAUUUCUUGGUGCCUCCAAGCCUUGAUCCCAGCACCAUAACAAGGCAAUACUUCACUUUCACAGGCUUCAGACACCUCAGCAAUGUAAAUUUAACUGGCAAUACAACCGCCCUGGUGACCAAAGCAACGCUGAAAGAAUUCCCUGCCCUGGAAGGCCAAGGAGUAUCCGUUUCUGCAAUAAUAUACCCUCCUUCAGGAAUUAACCUUCCUCAUGUUCAUCCCAGAGCAUCUGAGCUCCUAAUGGUACUCCAAGGGAGUUUAGAAGUUGGGUUUGUCGACUCCACAAAUAAGCUCUUUACACAAACUCUCCAGGCUCCUGACAUGUUUAUCUUCCCAAAAGGACUCGUUCAUUUUCAAGUGAACACCAAAACAGAUUCUCCUUCUAAAGCACUUGGGGUAUUUGGGAGUGCAAAUGCUGGGACUGUCUCAUUGCCUAGUACUUUAUUUGGAAGUGGAAUAAGUGCAGAGAUACUUGCCGUGGCCUUCAAAACUGAUGAGGAGACCAUCUCCAAGCUAAUUGAGGCAAAUAAGUAGCAUCCCAAUGGUCAUGCUUUCUUUAAUUUCUUUGCAGCUUCAGUAAGAAUAAUAAAUUAGCAGCAUAAAGCAUUUGAAUGCUAUUGAAAAUGUAGAUUAAUUAAUUUUCAA